AUGUCGAGAGUAGCUAGAGCUCAUUGUGCGAACUGUACAUGUUCACCAGGCUUAUUAUCAAGGACCAAUAAAAAGUCCGUGUCGUUUGCCAAAAGAAUCAAUCUCAAUAGACUCAACAGCGGUGGCAGCGUUAAAGAUGGCCAAUCUCAAUCGAGAAAAGGUUCUGUUUUCACUUUAGACCCAACCUUAUGUUUACCUGAAACUAAGGAGGUGAACACCACCCAACGAUUGGAGAGAUUAAGACAAGAAAUGAAGAAACGAGACUUGGGUGUUUACAUCGUUCCCAGUGAAGACCAACAUCAGUCUGAAUACACUUCUGCUUACGACCAAAAGAGGAGCUUUAUCAGUGGGUUCAGUGGAAGUGCUGGUGUUGCCAUUGUCACCAGAGAUUUGAAUAGUGUCGGUGGAGACGACUUUACCCAAGGUAGUGCUGCAUUAUCAACCGAUGGUCGUUAUUUCACACAAGCACUUGACGAAUUGGACUUUAAUUGGAUUUUGUUGAAACAGGGGGCCAAAGGUGAACCUACUUGGGAAGAGUGGACCGCACAACAAGCCGCCCAGUUGAGCUUGGAUAGUGGAUCCAAGGUGAAAAUUGGAGUUGAUCCAAAAUUAUGGAGUUACAAGCAAUACCAGAAAUUCAAAACCGAUGUCGAAAAACAGUUGACAAAGACGCCAAAGGCACAAAUUGAAAUCACUCCUGUGGCUGACAAUUUGAUAAAUAAGAUUUGGGAAGACUUCGAACCUUUGCCUCCAUCAACUCUUGGUGAAAUAAAACAUUUGGACUUGAGUUUUACUGGUAAAGAAGCAGGUGAAAAAAUAAAGCAAAUCAGAGAUGAAGUUUUCAAAGAUGACGUUGAAGGGAUGGUCAUUACUGCUUUGGAUGAAAUUGCUUGGUUGUUGAAUUUGCGUGGUCUGGAUAUCGAAUAUAACCCUGUUUUUUACAGUUUUGUUAUUCUUACAAAGUCCCAACUAAAAUUGUUUGUUGGCGAGAAUAGACUUUCUUCACAAAUUAUUGAAGACUUGGAGAAAAUCGGUGUCACUAUUCAUGCAUACGACAAGUUCUAUUCAUCGUUGAGUUCCCUUUCAAAGGAAAUUGCCGUUGACGACAAGAAAAUUUUUGUACCGAAUAAUGCCAAUUGGGAAGUGGUGAGAAGCUUGCAGUGCUCAUUCAAGGAAGGAUUAUCGGCCGUUGAGUUGCAAAAGUCUAUCAAAAACGAGACAGAAUUGAAAGGAGCCGAAAUUGCUCAUUUGAAAGAUGGUAGGGCCUUGAUCAAGUUUUUCGCAUGGUUGGAAAAUGAGCUUUCGAAAAAGGGAGAGAUGAUUGAUGAAGUUGAGGCUGAUGAGAAGUUGACGGAGUUUAGGCUGCAAGAGGACAACUUUGUUGGGUUGUCGUUUGACACUAUUAGUGCAACUGGAGGUAAUGGUGCUGUGAUACAUUACAAGCCUACAAAGGGAGCAUGCUCAGUCAUCAAUCCAGAAAAGAUUUAUCUCAAUGACUCAGGUUCUCAAUUUUUGGAAGGAACUACCGAUACCACCAGAACCGUUCAUUUCGGCACUCCAAGCAGAGAAGAGAUUAGAAAUUACACACUAGUGUUGAAGGGUAAUAUCGCAUUAUCUACAUUGAAAUUCCCUGAAGGAACAACAGGUAAUCUUAUUGACUCCAUCGCAAGACAAUUUCUUUGGCAGUAUGGGUUGGAUUAUGGACAUGGAACAUCACACGGAAUUGGUGCUUACUUGAAUGUGCACGAGGGGCCAAUUGGAAUUGGUCCUCGUCCGAAUGCUGCUGCUCAUCCAUUGCAACUGGGUAAUUUGAUUUCGAACGAACCUGGAUUCUAUAAGGAAGGCGAUUACGGAAUUAGAAUUGAGAAUGUCAUGUACAUCAAGCCAAGUCAGUACAGUUUUGCAGGGAAGAAAUUCUUGGAGUUUGAAACGGUCACAAAAGUUCCUUUUUGCAGGAAAUUGAUUGAUGCAUGCAUGUUGACUGAAAAGGAACUUAGAUGGGUUAACAAAUAUCAUGCAAGCAUUUGGAGAGAAUUGAAUGGCAGUCUUGACAAGAACAGUCUUACUUACAAGUGGUUAAAGAGGGAAACUGAGCCUAUUGCUUCAUGA